GGCUCUAUGACUUCUUUUCUUAGUAUUAAUCAUGUUUGUUUUCAUAAUUUGGUAGCAAGGACAUUAAAUAGAAGGAAUGGGGCAUAAAAAUAGAAUGGAAUACCCAGAAGAUCAGAUUUAAUGAAAAGUCCUAUUGUAACUAACAGCUUUGAGUUUGGAUUUCCUGCAAACAUAACAUAAACAUGAGAAAGUCUGCAGAUGCUGGAAAUCCAAAGCAACACACAGAAAAUGCUGGAGGACCUCAGCAGGUCAGGUGCAGCAUCUUUGAAAAUGAAUAAACAGUUGAUGUUUUGGCUCGAGACCUUUCUUGGCCUGAGAAGAAAGGGGAAAGAUGCCAGAAUAAAAAGGUGCUGUUGGGGGGGGGGGGGGGGUGGAGUGGCUAGCUGGAAGUUGAUAGGUGGGUGGGAAAGGUCAAGGGUUGGAGAGGAAGAAAUCUGGUAGAAAAGGAGAGUGGACCAUAGGAGAAAGGGAAGGAGGAGGGGAACCAGGUGGAAGCAAUAGGCAUGUGUGAAGAGGUGAAAGGUCAGAGUUGGGGAGGCAGUUGCUUUACUGAAAGAAGAAAUCAAUAUUCAUGCCAUCAGGUUGGAGGCUACCUAGAUGGAAUAUAAGAUAUUGCUCCUCCACCCUGAGGGUGGCCUCAUCUUGGCACAAGACUAGGCCAUGGGCCGACAUGUUGUAACAGGAAUGGAAAUGAGAAUUAAAACGUUUGGCCACUGGGAGCUCCUGCUUGCGGCAGAUAGUGUGGAGGUGCUCGACGAAGCAGUCCCCCAAUUUAUGAUGGAUCUCAGCAAUGUAUAGAGGAGGCUGCAUCGGGAGCACUGGACACAACAGACAACUCCCAGCAGAUUUGCUGUUGAAGUGUUGCCUCACCUGGAAGGACUGUCUGACGCCCUGAAAGGAGGUGAGGGAGGAGGUGUGUGGGCACUUAGGCCGCUCGCAGGGAUAAGUGCCGAGGGGAGAUAAGUGGGGAGGGACAAACGGACAAGGGAAUCAUAGAUGGAGCAAUUUCUGCCGAAACCUGGGAGGUGGCGUGAUAAGGGUAGCUUUACUGGUAGGAUCCCUUUGGAGAUGGUGGAAGUGCUUAUGAUAAUGUGUUGGAUGUGAAGCCUGAUAGGGUGGUGGGUAAGGACAAGAGGGACUAUCACUUUUAAGGCAGUGGGAAGAUGUGGUGAGUGCGGAUGCUUGGGAAAUGGAGGAGAUGUGGGUGAGGGCAGCUUUAAUAGUGCAGGUAGGGAAACGCCGUUCAUUAAAGAAGGAGGACAUCUCUGAAGUAUUUUUUGUUCUGGUAUACAUGUAUAUUGGUUAGUAAAUUACUGGACACACCUAGCAUCACAAGAUCGAAGGGUAUAGGGAGGAGCUGGUGAGACAAGGCAGGGGGAGAAUUGAAGUCAGGUUCUUACAGCGUUAAAAAGAUUUUGUGAACUUGAAGGCAGUGAUAAUGCAUGAUCUCAAGAUCCGGGGGAGAUUUUUAUUUGAGUGAUGGGGGAGAAGAGUCUGCAUGUGUUGGAAAUUAGAGCUGGAAAGGGAUGCACUCAAUGUUGCUCUGAGCAUCACCUACAUUACUUAAACGUCACAAGUGUUUAUAUAUCAUUCCCUCUGUAACUGGACAGCUCAUAAAUCAAAUCCGAUUCUAAACCAACUUUCCCACAUUUUUUUAAUGUAUCUCUGGAUAUGUUUAUAGAGUUAUCCAGUAUCUUUGCACUGUAUAAAAAAGCAACGUUUUUAAGUAAACUGUCGUUCAAACAGGAUUCCUUCCCUAUAUUUUGCUGUUCCGUGAGGCUAGGAUAAAAGCGACUGAAACUUCUACAGAGUUAAGCACACAACUACACCUUACAGCAUGAGAGAGAGAGAGAGAGAAAAAAAACAACCAUUGCCUAGAAAAUGGAGGGACACACUGGAAAUUAGCUUACACCCUACAAGGGGACUUGACCUAACAUUAUCUUUUAAACACGGUAGCAAUUUGUGAAGGUGUAUUUCUAUGAACGUUUUUUUCCUUUCUCAAGUAAAACACUCCACCUCCCACUCCCUGAGUGUAGACUUUAUAAGCCACUCUCGACGCGAGCCACUGUGCCGAGCUCUAGUCCGGGCUGCACUUUCCCACACAACUUUUAUUAGAAACUGGCGGUCGCGACAAGAGCGAAUGUUUGAAGAACAGCGCUUGUAUAAACAAAUCGCCGGAGCUCAGUUAAAGACAUAAUGCAAACAGAAACAGUAACGGAUGGUGGUGGUGUGAAGCUGGGAAGAGACAUGGUUUAAGUUGCAGUGAAACCAACGACAGCGGCGAGGCACGGCCAAACGUCACACAUGUCAGUGAGUCUCGGCUCUCUCAUGGAAAGAUGUGCAGUUGCAUGCACUUUGCAAAGCGAUGAGCCGCAUGUCUUGGGGACUGCCAGUGUAAAUGUUCGGCUCAUCGGCCGGAGAAGUUAAUCUGUUUUAUGUGGAGGGACGAGACGUCAAGCAUCGAAUAGGGAAACGGCGCGAACGCAGCAACUUCCUCCUUUAUUUAGUGUCUGUGUGCAAAAGGUUGUUUUUUGCUUUUCGUUCUGUGGUCUUUGAGCAGCGCUGAUGCAUUUUGCAAACAUUGGAUUGAUGCGUCCCAGUUUAUGAAGAUAUAUAUCUCAUCGGAUAUCUGAAACUUGAACUCCCUCAAUUCCAGUUAAUGGUUCUGCUCGAUUCCACUCCAAGCAGCCGAACGGGAGGAAAAUCCAGGGAAGGGACGAAGAUUGCUUUAUCAGUCUGAGAGUAGUCUGGGCAUUUUGCAAUGCUGCUGUGGGUUCCCGCAAUUUGCAUUGUGUCUCUGGCUGUGCUCGGUCUGUUUGCGAGAUUGUAUUUCGGUCAAUAUUUCAAAGAGCGAUUGGACCCGAACAGUCGAUGCCACCGGGACGAUGAGGUCAACGAUGCCCCGAAGAUGAUAUGCAAACCUUCGGCCCUGGCCAAAUACCUGCUGAAAAGCUGCGUGACCGUCAGCGCAGGACCCCGUACCCGCUGGAUCUGGAGGAAGUUUCCUCACCUGCAAACGGUCUGGAAUGGAAUCUGGCCCACAGGCUCGGCGAUGCAGUUUACCCGGGAUUACCUACAGUUGUCGGACGAGGGUCUAGUGGCACUAGACUGGGCAGUGACAGCCCACGGAAGCAGGAGAAGAGCCUCCAGCAACUCGCCAGCACCCAUCGUCCUCGUCAUCCCCAACUCCUUCGGGAAGAUCACCAGGAAUAUUAUCAAGCUUUGUGCCUCAGCCCUGGACUGUGGUCAUCGGCCAGUGAUAUUUAACAGAAGAUGCCAGAAUGGAUGUCUUUUAACUACACUGAAGCUGCAGCAGUUUGGUGACCCAUCGGAUCUGAGAGAAGCGGUCAGGUACAUUCGAUACAAACAUCCAAAUGCCAGGCUGUUCACUGUGAGUGAGAGCACAGGAGCUGGGCUGCUGCUGUCCUAUCUCGGCGAGUGUGGGUCAUCCAGUUACGUGACCUGCGCUGCCUGCAUCUCACCCAUCUUCAGGUGCCAGGAAUGGUUCGAGACAGGACCUCCCUGGCUGUAUCAUUGGCUUUUGCUCCUUUAUCAAAAAACUUGGCUGAGCAGGUACACCACUGUGCUAGGAGAGAUUGUUGACAUGGAUAAGCUGUUUGCCACUCAGACUUUGAAGGAAUUUGAGGAGGUGCUCUUCUGUCAAACAAAGAAGAGCAACUUGUGCUGGGACACGUACUGGGAGAAGAAUGACCCUUUACGAGAUGUAGAUGAGGUUGCAGUGCCAGUGCUGUGUAUUUGCAGCCAGGAUGACCCCUGCCGAGGGGACCCGGACACAACCGUGCCAUUCGAACUCUUUGAAACUAACCCCCAUUUUUUUCUACUGCUGACCAAACAUGGUGGCCACUGUGGCUUCUUAAAGAGCAGGUCCUCUGUGUGGAGCCACAAGGUAUUACUGGAAUAUUUUAAAUCUGUCAGUGAAUUCUUUGCGACAGAGGAAAGAACAAAGAGCUUUUCAAAAAGAAAAUACGCAGUGGCUGUAAACUCCAUGGCUUAUAAGUGUGGUAGAGGCAACAGCUUCAAAGGCAACUCAUUUUGCUCCCACAAUAUUCAUGAGAUUUUCAGCUGGCAGAGGUCCUACACCAGAUGAUUAACAAUUAGGACUUUUGAGAAGAUUAUUGUUCUUGUUAAUUAAUACAGCUUGUUUUUAUCCGGA